CUUUACUACUUAAAUACACCGCAUCAUCCAAAAUCUCCCGCCUCUCUCCGAUGGCUUUCGUCUCCGACAUUUCCUCAAAUCUUUUCUCUCAUACCAUCCCUCAAAACCUCUCUUCUCUAUCUCUCAAGAAAAAAACAUUCCCGCCGCUCGCCCUCCGUUACCAAACUACCCUCCAAACUCUAACCCUAGAUGCCAAGCUCAUUGUAACCGGCCCAUCCCAACUCUCCGGUCACGUCGAGAUCAGCGGCUCCAAGAACUCGGCACUAGCGGUCCUCGCUGGGACCCUCUGCUGCUCCGGUACUUCUAUUCUCCGCAGAAUGCCAGAUCUCUCUGAUACUAGAUCGAUGAUCUCGAUUCUGCAGUCUUUGGGAUCUCGAGUCGAAAUCUCCAAUGGAGAAAUUGUGGUCAAUACGGAGGGGAUUUGCUCUCUGGAGCCAUGUCCGCGUUCGGUCGGGAAAAUGCGGGCUGGGUUUUUUGUAGUGGGACCGCUGCUCUCUCGGUUUGGAGAGGCUGUGGUCGCGCUUCCUGGCGGCUGUGAUAUCGGGGCUCGCCCUACUGAUUUGUUUCUCGAUGGGCUUCGAGCGCUUGGUGCUGUUGUCGAAUUGAGGGAUGGGAAGGUGCAUGCAUGUGCUGCAAAUGGCAGAAGGCUGGUUGGGGGAAGGUUCCAUCUUAGUUACCCCAGCGUUGGUGCGACAGAAACUCUUAUGAUGGCAGCGUCAAUGGCUGAUGGAGUGACAGUGCUUACAAAUGUAGCCCAAGAACCAGAAGUGGUUGAUCUUGCACAGUUUCUGAUUGCUAGUGGGGCAAUUGUGGAAGGAGUUGGAACAGGAAAGCUUGUCAUUCAUGGCAGGAAACAGUUGCAUGGUGCAGAGUUCACAAUAAUACCGGACCGCAUUGAAGCUGGUACAUUUGCAGUUGCUGCGGCCAUCACUCGUUCAUGCAUUUCAAUGUCACCUGUCAUUCCUCAUCAUUUAACAUGCAUGAUGAACAGACUUUCAGCUGCUGGUUGCAAGAUUGCACAUAGGGACUCUGUUUUGGAGGUGUCAGCGGUGCCUGCAAUGGUUGGUGGUGAUCUUCAAGGCUUUCAUUUUAAAACAUGCCCGUAUCCUGGUUUUCCUACAGACCUUCAACCCCAAUUUAUGGUACUCCUUGCAACUUGUAAUGGCUCGUGGACUGUGGAUGAAUCUGUUUUUGAAGGCCGCAUGACUCAUGUGAGAGGGCUGCAGAAGCUUGGAGCAAGAAUUCAAGUUUGUGGGAGCUCAGCCUUAGUCCACGGAAAGGACCAUGGAAGCACCUUACGUGGUUCUCGGGUUGUGGCAACUGAUUUAAGAGGUGGGGCAUCACUGGUUUUAGCUGGAAUGGCUGCAGAAGGGAUUACUCAAAUCAUUGGUGCAGCUCAUAUCGACAGGGGUUAUGAGAAUCUAGAGAAGAAGCUUCAUUCUUUAGGAGCUGAUGUUAGAAGAUUUGGAAUUCAGCAGUCAUGAUUGUUGUUUGCUGACCAAAUGAAAAAAGGUCCUAAACGGAAGGUUUUGCAGAAAGCCCUUACUAGGAUUUGAUCUGCUGCCAAAAUGCGAGGUAAGGGCUGUGUAUCAUCACUCGGGGCAGGAAGGAAGCAAAAAUAGUAAACCGCCUAAUCUGUUUUUUUUUUUCCAAGGCAAAUUGGUUCCACAGGAUUAUUCAGUAAUCCCAUUUUGUAGGGGCCAUCUACGCGCAUAUGCCAAUGUUGUGUACAUUUAUCUCCAGUAUUAGAUGCCACGGUGCAUGUGUGGAACGUGGUUGAUCUUGUUCUGAGUCGGAUGAGAAAGGAAGCUGUUGCUUCUUUUAGUUUUCUUGUUUCCCAAGUCUCUUAUCAUUUAUGUGUCACGGUCUGUAACUUCAAAAUCUCAAACGAACAUCUGACCAUUGAAAAUUUUCUUUUCCUCGAGAUUCUUUCA